AGUCGGAAUAUACAUGACCAUUUACGAUGCCAAAGCAGAAAAUCUCAAGUCUUAUGGAUCAGAAAGAUUUUAUUACAUGGAUUUGACAGACAAGUUAUUCGACCACUUAUCGUCGGCCGACAUCGUUAAACUAAGAGAAGACCUGGAAAAGAAGGGCGCUCUUCAUGGAGCUUAUAUUGAACGCUUUUCAAGGGGAAUAAUUUUAGCUGUAGGAUUUGAUGAUAUAGGUGCAUUAGAUUCACUUUGGGAUCUGUACCAGAGAGGGAAACUGAGCAUGACGUUCCAGGACGUUAUUGUCAAUAGUACGGUAUUAAAGAAGCUUAAAACGUCCAAGAUUGUACUCAGAUCUAAAAUCUUGGAAUCUGAAUACAACAACUGUACAAACGAACUGUUAAGUAGAAAAAUGAAAAGACUAGAAACAAAAACUAGAGAAGUAGACAAGAAAAUGGUGCUAAGAUUGGCAGAACAACAAAAGAGUUUCACCGAUAAUGUGCAAUCCCUGAAGGACACGGAGGAAAACAUUGAAUUAUCGUUAGGAGAAUUUGCUCUUACCAUGAAACAGAUACUACCACAAGGUGUACUCGAAUUAAAAACUAUACGAGAGUUCGAAACAAAUUACAAAAUGGACAAAGGAACAUCACGUGUCAAAAACACAAAAAUUAUUGACCAGUUCAUAGACAUGUUAGGGAAGUUACGAACCACAUUCACGGAAGCGUUUACACAAUUAUAUGUACCCUUACUACAAGUUCAUUCCAUUUGUGAAAGCGAAAAACAAAAACAAAUUAAAAGAGACAUACGCAGGAAAAUUAACAUUGGACAAGAAUUAAUGAAACCGGAAGCUCCGCUCAAAAUUGUGAUUCAUCCCGUCUGGGCAAGAAAGAUACUUCCUCGGGAGCAGUCAUUAUUCCGUGGACUUGAGUGCGUACUUCCGCUUGCUGUGGGAGCUCUCAAAGACAUCGACUUCAUGCUUGAUGAAUAUAUUAACGAUUUUGUAUUGUAAUAUGUUUAUAUUUCAUGUCAUUAGUCCGUCCAUAUAAUAUAAAAUAAUAAA